UCGUGCGGACUGCGGAUGCAAGCUCAGUGUGGCGUCUACCCUGCCGAGUGCUGCAGCCGCCGCGAACCGCAACAUAGUCAGCAAACGUCGAUAGUGAACAACAUUCAAAUGUCACGUGAAAAAGCAACAGUGUUUGCCGAUGCAGAACCAAAGAUAGGAGAUGAUUAUACAUACAAGAAAGAUCUCCGGACCGCUUUACCACAGUUUCUAGCUGUAAGUGCUAAAAACCUGCUUCUUUUAGGAUAUGGAAUGACACUUGGAUUCUCCACAAUUCUUAUGCCAGCCGUACAAAACCCUAAAGAUGGCGAAAUAUUACACUUGAACAAGUCAGAAAUUUCAUGGAUAAGUUCUAUCAACCUAAUUGUGGUGCCAGUUGGAUGCGCCUUAUCGGGAAUAGUGACGUCACCAAUCGGCAGACGGAGAGCAAUGCAAAUGGUUAACGUCCCUUUUUUCAUAGCCUGGUUGAUAUUUCACUAUUCAACAACUACGGGGCACUUGUACGGAGCACUGUUCUUAACGGGAUUGGCAGGCGGCCUGUUGGAAGCACCCGUUCUGACAUACGUGGCGGAAAUCACGCAGCCUCACCUGCGGGGAGCCCUGACUGCCACCAGCUCGCUUUGCAUCAUCCUCGGCGUGUUCACGCAGUUUCUCUUCGGGAUAUUCAUGUACUGGAGAACGGUGGCUUUGGUCAACAUCGCAUUUACGGUGCUUGCGGUAAUCGCGCUUUGCUUCGUGCCGGAGUCUCCACAUUGGCUGGUGUCGAAGAAACGACACGACGAUGCUAGGAAGAGCUUGCAAUGGCUUCGUGGUUGGACAACCCCUAACUCUGUGGAAAAUGAACUACGAGAUAUUCAGGCUUUAUUUAAAAGAGAAAAGAAAGAUCUCAUUGAAGUAGAUGAAACGAUGUCUGAAAAAAUGUCGCAUUACCUAAAAAGAAGCUUUCUCUUGCCAUUCUUUUUGGUGACUUUCAGCUUCUUUGUGGGCAAUUUUAGUGGCAUGACUACUUUGCAGACGUACGCGGUAAUGAUAUUCCAGAUUCUAAAGGCGCCUAUAGACAAAUACUACGCAACACUAAUAAUCGGCGUGCUGCAAAUAGUUGGAGCCGGCACGUGCGUGUUGCUGGUGCAUUACACUGGGAAACGACCCCUUACGCUGUUCUCCACUGCGGGGGCUGGGGUGUGCUGCAUCCUUGUAGCAAGUUACGAUAUAUAUAUUAAAAUGAACGGUUUUACUACAACGACAGAGUUAAAUAAUGAUACUUUGACGACAAGCAUAAACGCCACGUCGGCCGAUAUUGGAGAGGAAGAUCGAAACCCGUACUCUUGGAUGCCUAUGACGUUGCUGAUGCUUUUGGCUCUUCUUGCACACACGGGCUUGAGACUGCUGCCAUGGAUCCUCAUAGGCGAGGUCUUCAGCGCCAAGACACGUUCUGGCGGCGCGGGCGUCGCCAGUGCAGUUGGCUACUUAUUCGGGUUCCUCUCGAACAAGAUGUUCAUAAGCAUGGUUGAUACCUUGUCGAUAUGGGGCACAUAUGGCUUGUACGGCAUUGUAUGUUUUGUUGGUGUUAUCAUAUUUUAUUUUAUUUUGCCCGAAACUGAAGGCAAAAGAUUGAAUGACAUUGAAAGCCAUUACGCUGGGAGAACCAAGCUCACAAAUAAAGUAUAUAGAUCUAAGAGAAAACCUCAAAAAGAUGUGCACGAAUUGAAAGGCGCCGUAAAUCCAACAUUUGAGAGUGAUACUUCUAAAUUAUAGUCGAAUUAUAUUGUGAAUGAAGUGACUGUAGCUGCCAGUGAUUAAUAUUAUGGACAUUGCAUAAUUUAAGAUAUUACACCAGUGUCAAAUUCAUACAUAAGUCAAGCAAUUUCUUCGUGAAGAAUUUCGUUAAAGCAGUUUUCCAUCGGUUUGAAUGAAAAUGCAUGUCUGUUAGUUAGUAAAUAAUACAGAAAAAAAUUCCAACAACCCUUUGGUCUGUGUAAGUUUCAACCGAUGAUUUCCACAAUUAUCAGUAACGGUCUGUUCCGUGCCACGGAUGCGUCUCAGUCCAAAUCUCAGUUGAAAACGCAGCCUGACGAUCGACGCGACGGUAUUAAAACUUUUCAUACAAAAAAGUAAAUAUGCUUCCAUUUUUGGUAAGCUGCCAGUAAAUGCUCAUUCCAUAUCUAUACUAAUAUUAUAAAGAGGAAAACUUUGUUUGUUUGUUUGUUUGUUUGGUUGUAAUGGAUAAACUCAAAAACUACUGGACCGAUUUUAAAUAUUUUUUCACCAUUAGAAAGCUAUAUUAUCUGCGAGUAACAUAGGCUAUAUUUUAUCCCGGUGCGGGCAGUAGCUCCUACGGGACGCGGGUGAAACCGCGGGAAAACGGCUAGUAAUUAAUAUAUUAAUUUCCCCUUAAAUAAUUGUUAUUUUCAUUUGUAAUUUGAAAUAGGCCAUAUUUAUAAUAAUCAUUAACUCAUGUUUAGAGUGAAGUACACAUUUCUAACAACAAUGAAUAAAAACUGUGAUUAAUUUAUAUUGUAAUUUUAAGUUUAUGAAUAUGUUACGAUUCUUGUGAUAAAUGUAAUCAAUAAUUACCGAGAAUUAUCACAGUGGUUUUAUAGUCUGUUAUCACAAUGCAUUGAGUUCUAAUUGUUGAUUCCUAUUCCUAUAACCCAUCUGUAUGCUUUUUGCAUUAUAUAGUGAUUGUUUGACAUUUAGCUCCAUAUAAAUUAUGCCUUUUAUCUCUAAUCGCAUAAAAAUGCAUAGACAGGUUAUAAGAAUGCACCGUAAGAGUUUCUGGCUCCAUGAAGUUCUGGCGUUUUACUCUAUAACUGUUUUACACUCCCAUGCCCCUAAAAUUAGUAUCAAAAUUAGUCGACAAUAGACUUUAGUUUAUAACGACAAGGAUCCCCGUAAACAUGAGCAUUUUCGAUUCUUAAUAGGUAGGUAUGUAAUUGUAUAGUAGUAGGUCCUCGUUCAAUCUAAGCUAGACCGGAAUUUUAAAGGGAUCAAGAUUUUUUUUAUUUAAUUCAUAUCCAUCAAAAAGUAAAUAUAAAUAAAUAAAUAAUAAAUAAAUACAAAUCUUUAUUUUCUCUUCAAUUACAGUGUUAAGUACAUUACAAUACAGGUUGCUUUUGUAAGAGAAUGGUGUCUGUUUAAGGUUACCCCUGUGUUACAGAUCACCAUUUAUCCUUUUGAAUGUUAUACAGCACAUUUUGUAAGGAGAGGCAAAUAAAAAUCCUAAAUACAACUAUGUCUAUUAUCAUAAUGCCUGUAUCACAAAUAAUUUAAAAUAAAAUAGGAAAAAGCUAACAAAAAUAAGUCUCUGCACUUAUUAUUGCACAUAAACAUUUAGAUCCAUCAAAAAGUAAUUGGUAAUUAUUGAUAACCAGCCGAUAGGUAUACCUACUUCACAAUGUUCACCUAUUUUACAUAAAUAAAUAUGAAUAACUUAAGUAUAGUAAAUAAUAACUAAGUUAGGUGCCUAUUGUGAUCUUUUAUAACAUAGACAAAAUGUUUAUACAGGUACAGAAAUAUAAUUUUAAAAUCGAAA